AUGAAUUCUACCGUCUUCCAUUUGGUCAUCAUAUUCAUAUUAAUACUUGAGAUCAAAGUCCAGUUACCUGAGGGAAGUGAAUUUUUAGUUGACAGAUCAAAGCGGGGUCUCACCCAUGUUCCCAAAGACUUAUCCUUGAAAACAACAAUCUUAGAUAUAUCACAAAAUGAUAUAUCUGAGCUUCAGGCUUCUGAUAUCCUAUUACUAUCCAAGCUGAGGGUCUUGAGAAUGUCUCAUAAUAGAAUCCAGUAUCUUGACAUGAGCGUUUUCAAAUCUAACCAGGAAUUGGAGUAUUUGGAUUUGUCCCACAAUAAGCUGGAGAAGAUUUCUUGCCACCUUACUGUGAACCUCAAGCACUUAGACCUCUCAUUUAAUGCAUUUGAUGCCCUGCCCAUUUGCAAAGAGUUUGGCAACAUGUCUCAACUAGAAUUUCUGGGUUUGAGUGCCACACAGUUACAAAAGUCUAGUGUGCUGCCAAUUGCUCAUUUGCAUAUCAGUAAGGUUUUACUAGUCUUAGGAGACCUUUAUGGGGAAAAAGAAGACCCUGAGAGCCUUCAAGACCUUAACACAAAGAGUCUGCACAUUGUUUUCCCUGCAGGAAAGGAAGUCCACUUUGUUCUGGAUGUGUCAGUCAGCACUGCAGUAAGUCUGGAACUGUCUAAUAUCAAAUGUGUGCUAGAUGAUAAUGGAUAUUCUUAUUUCCUAAGCAUGCUGUCAAAACUUCAGAAUAAUUCAAGGAUAACAAAUCUUACUUUAAACAACAUUGAAACAACAUGGCAUUCUUUCAUUGCAAUGUUCCAGUUGGUUUGGCAUACAAGCAUAGAAUAUUUCUCAAUUUCAAAUGUAAAACUACACGGUCGUCCUCAGAUCAGAGAUUUUGAUUAUUCUAACACCUCAAUGAAGGCCUUGACUAUACACCAAGUUGUCAGUGACGCAUUUAGUUUGCCACAAAGUUACAUCUAUAAAAUCUUUUCAAAUAUGAACAUCCAGAAUUUCACAGUGUCUGGUACCCAUAUGGUCCACAUGGUUUGCCCAUCCCAAAUGAGCCCAUUUCUGCAUUUGGAUUUUUCCAAUAAUCUCUUAACAGACAUGGUUUUUAACAAUUGUGGGACCUUGGCUAGGUUGGAGACACUUAGUUUACAAAUGAAUCAAUUAAAAAAACUUACCAAUAUAGUUCAUAUGACCAAGGAGAUGAAGUCUCUACAACAAUUAGAUAUUAGCCAGAAUUCUCUAAGCUAUGAUGAAAAUGAAGAGUAUUGCUCUUGGACUAUAAGUUUAUUAAGUUUAAAUAUGUCUUCAAAUAUACUUACUGACACUGUUUUCAGAUGUCUACCUCCCAGGCUCAAGGUUCUUGACCUUCACAAUAAUAGAAUAACAAGCAUCCCUGAAAAUGUCCUCGGUCUGGAAGCUUUGCAAGAACUCAAUGUUGCUGCCAAUUCUUUAGCCCACCUUCCUGAAUGUGAUUCUCUCAGCAGCCUCUCUGUACUGGUCACUGACUAUAAUUCCAUUUCCAACCCAUCAGCUCAUUUCUUCCAGAGCUGCCAGAAGAUCAGGUCCAUCAGCGCAGGAAACAACCCAUUCCAAUGCACAUGUGAGCUAAGGGAAUUUAUCCAAAGUAUAGGCCAAGUUUCCAGUGAAGUGGUAGAGGGCUGGCCUGACUCAUAUAAGUGUGAUUAUCCAGACAGCCAUAAGGGAACCCUACUGAAGGACUUCCAUGUGUCUCCAUUAUCUUGCAACACAGCUCUUUUGAUUGUCACCAUUGGGGUCACUGGGCUGGUGUUGGCUGUCACUGUGACUGUCCUCUGUGUCUAUUUCGACCUGCCCUGGUAUCUCAGGAUGAUGUGUCAGUGGACCCAGACCCGGCACAGGGCCAGGAACACACCUUUACAUGAACUCCAAAGAACUCUUCAGUUCCAUGCCUUUAUUUCAUACAGUGGACAUGAUUCUGCCUGGGUGAAGAAUGAAUUACUACCAAACUUAGAAAAAGAAGAUAUACGGAUUUGUCUCCAUGAGAGAAACUUUGUGCCUGGCAAGAGCAUUGUGGAAAAUAUCAUCAACUGCAUUGAGAAAAGUUACAAGUCCAUCUUUGUUUUGUCCCCCAACUUUGUUCAGAGCGAGUGGUGCCACUAUGAACUCUACUUUGCCCACCACAAUCUCUUUCAUGAAGGAUCUGAUAACUUAAUUCUGAUCUUGCUGGAAUCCAUUCCAAUGUAUUCUAUCCCUAGCAGCUAUCACAAACUCAAAACUCUCAUGGCACAGCGAACUUACUUGGAAUGGCCGAAGGAGAAGAGCAAACAUGGACUUUUUUGGGCCAACCUAAGAGCAUCCAUUCGAGUUAAGUUGAUGUACCAAGUAAAAGAAAUAG